AUGGCAUUUGGGACUUCUAAGAACAUGAACAGCCCCAAGCUACAAAUCAAGAUGAGCUCGUGGACACCUCUGAGCAACCCAGCCAUGAACGAGCAGGUAUUUGAAGAAAGAAGAGCCCUGUUCAGAAAAUGGUUUAUCAAGUGGACAGACGCUCAGAGACAGAAGAUCCUGGUGGAUCAGUUGGAGCUCUGCUCCCUGUCCCUGAAGAGAUUCUGUGCCCAGAAGCUACAAGAUCGAAUUCCUAUCGAAGCUCUAGAUUUUACCGUGAAGCUUCCUAGAGUUCUGUCCCUGUACAUCUUCUCCUUUCUGGACCCACGGAGUCUCUGUCGAUGUGCGCAGGUGAGCUGGCACUGGAAGAACCUGUCUGAACUGGAUCAGCUCUGGAUGAAGAAAUGCUUGCAUUUUGGUUGGUACAUCAACUUCAUUCCAACCCCCUUUGAGCAAGGAAUCUGGAAGAGACAUUACAUUGAAAUGGUGAAAGAGCUGCGUGUUACAAGACCAAAGACUGCUUCGAAGGAUGAGUCCAUAGUUCCUGAAGUGCAGAAAGUGAGAAGUAACACUCCAGAAGGAAAACGUUCUGCACCAGAAAAGAAGACUAGAAAGAAGAAAAAAGAAAUUCCACCCUGGCGUUCACCGGACAAGUGCCCAACAGACAUCAUGCGAUUCAACUGCCUGAACAACUACGAUCCCAUCGAACAGGCCAGGCAGGCGAGAAAGAAAGGAGGAGGGGAGACCCCAGACCUUAGCCAGCAAGCAGCUGGGAAAAAAAAGAAAGCAGUUUGUGGAUCUAGGAAACUCCAGAAAUCAACAUCACUGCUAUCACUUACUGAAGACCUUGGGUCGACUCAAAAACCAUCAGCUCGCCCCAGCUGGGCCACUUCGCAGCCCAUUGGGAACCUACCUUACAGAGAAGCAGCAAAGACCCUCGCCCAGAGCUCCCAGUUCAAUGCUGGGAUACGACCUGCACCUGUUCGAGCUCCAGUGCCAAAACCACGUGCCAGAGAAAAGAAAGACUUCACAGAGACGACCGCCACAUGUCCAUGUCAGUAUGCUGCGUCCUCCCCGCAAUGUGAGGCUCAGCCUGGGCUCAUUCCUCCAUCAGAUAACGAUCUGGUACAGGCUAAGGAAGGAUCUGAAGCAUCUGUCUCAGUGGAACAGAAGCUUACCUGCCUGGAUGGGGGAGACAACAGCAGCGUUGCCUGA